AUGGCGGCCAUCUCGUCGGGUGUGAGAUUCUCUUCCGUCCCUUGCCUCCCAUCGCCCGACCCAGCUCAGGGCAGUGGGGCUAGAAUUCCGUCUCCGGGCUGCGUCUCGUUCCGGCUUUGCGCCGGACUCUGGGAGAUCCCGUCCCUUAAAGGCGGUUUCCUGCGAAAUGCGGAGCAGGAGACUCUCGGACCGUUGAGGAUGGGGGGGAGGGGCUUGCUUCCGGUUUUCUGCUCGGCCAGAUCAUCCGACUCGUCUUCGCCGUUGUCAUCGUCCUGGUGGAGACAGGUUCAGCAAAAGGUGGUCUCCCCUGAGAAGAUCUUGAGGAUCAUCUCCGGCGCCACCUCGAGCCCAAUCUGUCAGUUCAUCGAGUCCCCGGCCACCGUUCUACAUUCCGUCAACCCCCGAAUCAAAUUGGUACCUCUGCUGUCUCUUUACAUUUUCCUUUUAUCUACAAACUUGUGCGAAUAGAUUGUAGUCAGGUCGCUUGUUGCUAGGAGUUUCUUGGAACCUCGCCGUUAUUUUGUCUCACCUAUCCUCUGAUUUUCAAAAAAGGAUACUCGAAUACUUUGCCAUUGAAACAAGCUAGAUAUAUACUUAGGUUCGGUUUCGUACCGCUUCACUAUUUUCCAUUUUUGGUCAUGCUAAAUUAUUUAAUUAAUUGGAUAGUUUCUUGUAAACGAAAACUUUCUAAACUUCUUUUUAUGAUUUCCUGAUUAUAUCCCGAAAAUUCUCAUCACUGUCAUCGAAAAAUUACCUGGGCAGUGGCUUAUUUUCUUGUGAAGUCAAGCAUCUUUAAUAUCUGUUCAGGUUGUGUAUUCGAGAAUGUCCGCCCUAGAUUACUAUUGGGGUGCCUUGCAAGUCUGGGUAAAGCCUUCAUGGUGGGAGUGAAGGGAUAUACAAAUUUAGGCAUGUUGGUCGCUGAGAUAGCGUAUGAUCAUGUGAACUGUCAGGAUAGGAACAGUUUCCCAACACUUUGUAGCAAUCUGCUGGAUGAUUCCGAAGGGAUGCUGAUACGUGAAAUGUGAAAGUUUCUGAUGUAGAUUUGUGAUUUUCACCAGCCUAUGCCAAUGAGUUUUCUAAAAAAGACGAAAUGGAGAUUAUUGAUAACGAAUUUUUGGCCUGCUAUUUGUUUUAUAUUAAUUGUUUGCUAUUUUCAGGUAUGGCUACUGGCUCUUGUUAUCUUACCAGCAAGGUCACCAGUUUUCAUGCGCUAUGGUAUUGUUGUGUAUCUCGCUCUGUUGUCAAUUUGGGUUCUUCCAGAGCGUGUGUGGAUGGUAUGAAAACUUCUGUGAUGACUCUCUAAUCAUUUACUUUAGUUACAUCUGAGUAGAACCUUGGAUGCAAUGUUUCCAUAUGCGUCAAUAUUAUCGUUUUGAUUCGUCUGAUUGACAUUUGUGAAAACUGGUUGCUUUUGUCUUCUUUAAUUCUGAGAGGUGGUCAUGCAGCAACAGAAAAAUUAUAACUAUGUGUAGAAUUUACCUAGAUCUGAAUGUGAUUGAACAUAAGGAAAUUAAUGAGAAAGCAGUAUCUAGAUACCUCAAUUUUUAAGUAAGUGCAUUUCGCUUCCAUAAUUAAAAAAGAAAAAUUGAUAUCUGGAGGGACUGGAAAGGUCGCACAAUUAAGGAUGUUAUAACAUUACCAUGGACUUAGAUGCGUUUUUGUGCCGUUGGAAGGGUUAUUAAAUUACCCAACAUUCCUCAUAAUUUUAAUUUGGCAUUUCAGGUGAAUAAUGUGGAUUUUAAGACAAACUAUCAUAGUUAUGAGAAAAGUCCAUCCAAAUAAAAUGUAUGAAUUUUCUUGUCAUCACCAAUGAAAAAAUAGUGGGAUUUCUCGAAUGGAAGAACAAUGGGGGCGCAUAAUCAGAAAAACAUGUAUUAAACUGAGGGGACUAAGAGAAGUCUGUGUAAUGUCAAGUUGACUUAGGAAACCUGUGGUGACAUUCAUCCUGUGCAGGUAUGCGUAGUUGGUUGGGUUAGGGAAACCCUGGUCUCCCUUUCAUUGGAUGUAAGGUUUCUGCUCAGAGGAGGUAAUGCUGAAGUCUUGUAACAGUGGGACUUGUGAAUUCCCCUGCAUCUUCCUCUCAUAAAUUUAUGCACAUGGGAAGAAAAAAGGAUACUAGAGCGUAUGAACAUUGAAAGAGGAAGGGGCACUACAUGACAAGUCGGCCUUUUAGAACUGCAGACUUUCAAAAAACUUGAAGAGCUUAAUUCAUUUGAUUCAUUUAUCUUGACUAUCUUCAAUGAUCUUCAAAAAUGGUAUUUCUUUGUUUUUCUUUUAUAAACUACAAUUUUCACAUACGCCAUUUGCAAUAUAAUCUAUUUCUAUUCUCAACAUCCAAAAGCUCAUGCAAAGGCUGUACGAUGACUUGACCUCUGUCUUGAAAAUUGCUACCAUUUGCAGUUAAUUCAAUAUCUAAACCAUCAGAUGUCCUUGAAAAGUGUAACUGUCCCUUACUGUUGUCUCAGUAAAGUUUCUAAUGCUGUGAGCACCAUUGGGUUACCUCACUUCAAGUUCUGAAACUUAAAUACAACUUCUGAGCUCUUUAACAAUAUUUCUCCCAUUCAUUUUUUCUUCCUCACAUUUACAAGGAGGUGGAAUUAUCCAAGUGCAAGUGAUUUGCAAAUCAAUUUCCUCAUCAGUAUUAUCCUCAUCAAUAUGAGUAAAUAUGCUGCUCAUCGAGCAUUUUAGUUAUGCUCUUGUGCAUGACAAGCGACCCACUGGCAAUCCUCUGUGUUUGCUUCCUUUUAUCAGUUUUCUUGAAUGACUUUUCUUUUUCACUAGAAAGGCCCCGGUGUUAGGGGAGAUAUACAUGCAUAUAUAUGUACAGAUAUGGUUCAUAGAACUCAGGGUGGACUAUCUGGUUUAUAUGGUCAACAGCCCAUUUGAAUUCAGAAAGGGAGAAAGUGAAGAGAUAAGUGAAUGAGCAUAGAAAUCCUCAACACUCCCCAUUAUGUGGAACAUGUCUUUUGUACUCUGCUUGCUUAAUGCAGUAUUUAACUGACCUUUAGAUAAUCCUUUUAUUAAACAUCUGCAGCUUGUCCGCCUUUGCCAGUAUAUAGGGGCACAAAAAUUCUUUGGAAUAUAGCUAUUCUUUCAUGAAAUGUUGAGCUCUCUGUAGUCCUGUCAAGUUGAAUUGGACUGUUGGCCAGGUUUGCAGGUGCUAUGUUGUGACAACAUAAAUUUAAUGGAACUUGAAUUUUGAAUCUAGUAUCUUGACGAAGAAUGGUUAACUGUAUCAAUUCUUCAAGCAAUAUGCAAUGGCCUGGCUUCCAGCUACAUGAAAUUUAUUUUAUCUGAAUUUUACGACCUAAAGAAUCCAUUUACUUAUUAAAAAGUUCGAGAUCCAUUGUGUAGAACUUUUAGUUACUAGUGAAUAAUUCCUUUGAAUAAUUUAAUUCUUAAAAGCCAGACUAAGGUAUUGACCGCCCACAAUGGUAUGAUUCUGAUAAGAACCCAGAUCAAAGAACUAUGAAUAUUUUGUAUUAGAUGAAAGAACAAUCUCUAGAGCAGAAAUAUCAAAGAUAAAGCACAAUAAAAGAACCCAGAACAGAUGGUGGGUCGCAUACAACCCUAGAACCCAGAAUAGAUGGAGGGUUGCAUACAACCCUCCAGCCCUUUCUCGUAGAUGGACGAGAUGCUAACUCCGAUUUUCCUCUCCCUUUCCUUCCUGAUCUGUCCCUCUUUAUAUCCUCUCCUUUCCCUCUCUUAUUUAGGCAGUUAGUCUUCUGUCAUAACUGCUCUUGCCAUAACCGCUUUUUGCCCUAGCUGCUCCUUGUCAUAUUGCUCAUUGUCGUAACUGUGCCUUCCCUCAAUAAUGCUAACCGUUAUUGACUUAUUGGGCUUUGGGCCUUCUUCCUUCUAGCAUAUGUGCGUGGAGCCUUAUCAGAUUCCUGAAUGGGUUUGUACACAGGGAAAUAAUAUUUUAUGAAAGUUAAUGUCAUUAGUAAUGGUGCUAAAAUGUGGCAUUAGAUAAUUUGGGAAGCUGUGAUUUUAAGCAGAACUCCAAAAAUGAGGUACCGACUCCAUUAAUGAUAACUCAAGUUACCUUGUCAUCAAAAUUGCCACAAUUUUAUGGACGUACUGUCCAUUGAUGUGACAUAUUCCUUUCAAUUUGAAGAUUGCUGCCUAUGGGGAGUGGGAAUUGAGUAUAUUGUGUUGUGGAGGCUCCACCAUUUGGUGGAGAGUAUAACAUGGAAUUGGCCUUUGUAAGCGGUGCGGAAAAGGAUUUCUUAUUGGUUGAAUAUUUCCUUAACAUCCUUAUUCAUUUCAAUGAAGAAUUUAUAAUGGAAACAGUUCUGUCUCGGCAUGUUAGCUAUCCCUAAAUAGUAGAGAAUCAAUAAGCUAGCCAAAGCAAGGACCCUGUCUCUGAAAGUUCAUAGGGAUUGAUUGGUUGGCCUCUCAUCCUGCAUUCCUCAUUCUUCUUCGUUUGACUAAAUGAGUGUUUUGUCAUGAUCAUAUUCUGCAAUUUGACAGUAGCCCUGGUGACAGGUGUUUAAAAUUUCUCAUUUACUCCAUUGUCAAAUGCUAUUUUUAUUUCCCUUCGAGUUUGCAUUAGGUGUAUAAUGUUUGACUAUGGUAUUAAACAUUUGAAGCAUUUUUUAUCUAUUUUUUAGGAUCAAUUGGGAAGAGUGGCUUUUCUCUCAGGAAUCAUAUUUAUUUCUUUAGCAUUAGGUGCAGACAGUGCACCUUCAGUUUUUCAGUCAAGAACUCCUCCACCAUCUGUAACAGGUCUGCCAAGUGUUCCACCAUCCUUGGAUGGUUAUUCUUAUUUGAUGAUGAAGCUAGGCCCUCUACAGCUAACAAGGAAAGGCUUUUUGGUGGCUAGCACUUCUGCGUGCUUAUCUUUCACGGUUUGUAUUGCUGAGGAAUUUUGUUUUUUUUUUAAUUAGCAUUUACCUUGUCCAAAAAGUUUCUGGAGUAGCUCACUUUCCUGUUAACAACUGGUACUAUAAAUUUUUGAGAGAUGUUUGAUUUACUGGUGUGCUUCACUGAUGUUUGAUUUACUUGAUUGUUUAAUUUAGUAGUCUUCUUCUACAUAUGAUUGAUGUAUCUAUUUGCUAAACUAUUUGGUAAUGUUCUUUUGCAUGAUAGUUGAACGUUGAUGUGAAAUGUGUGUAAUGUGAACUAGAUACCAUUUUCUUUUCUAAAAAUGAGAUGAACUUUAUUCUUUCUGACCAGGAAAAUACAUGGUUUUUCCUGCAACACUUUCUUGUUUUCUUUUUGUUAUUUUAUCAUCAGGAUUCAGUCAACAAUUUCUAAGAAUAUAAUUGUUUAUUUCCAUGUCAGAUAUUUCAAAGUGCAAGUCUUUGUUUAGCGACUACAACCCCUGAACAACUUGCAUCUGGAUUACGAUGGUUUCUGGUUCCUUUUGCUGCUGUUGGAGCUCCUGUUGCAGAAAUAAUUCUUACUCUGCUACUUUCCUUAAGGUUCAUCAAUAUCGUCUUUGACGAAGUAAGUAAUUAACUCUGCACAGGUUAUAUCAUCGAUUAGUCAUUUGGAAAAUGUUUUUAAAUUUUCACUUGAAUUAACUCCCAAUUCUACCCAGAAACACCCUAGCUGAUUGCAAUUUUCCCCCCACUUCAUAGGUUCGUAAUGUUGCAUUAGGGAUCGUUGCACGUAGAAUAAAUUGGAAGAAAUUGACACUGUUGGAAACAUUAGAUGGUAAGUGUUCUUUAUUGUUCUUUACUCUGUCUCGUAGUGUUCAUUUGUAUAUGGAUGUCUCUUUUACGCACCUGUUACGUUUUUUAUUAUUGUUUGGCAUACAUGGAAACUGUACGAGAUAAUGGAGUAUUUUUUUGCUUAAGGUUUCUUCUUUCAAUCCGAAGUUGUUCUUAAAAAAUUAUUUAUCAACGAUUUUGCACUUUUCACACCAAAUUUUGACGGAUGGGUGGGGGCCUUCUCAAGAGUUUCUAGUGGAGGAUUAGAUUCCCAACCUUAUCCAUCUUGUUGCACUCGUAGUGAAAUGACAAUCAGUCAAGGAUUAAAGUGGACUAAGUGAUAAAAGAAAACUUUACAUGGUGUACUUGAAAUGCUGGUGUCAUCUGUCUAAGUUCCUCUUUGAUUUUUCAGCCAGAAUGGAGCUACAGGGGGAGCGAGAUAUCUAAAAUGAUAUUAUAUUUUUUUGCGUCUCAAAUUUAUACUAAGCAUUAUAUCAUUGCUUACUACAAAAAGAUGACUUUUUUAGUGUCUAUUUCAACUCAUGUAAAUAUGGUAUUAAUUUCACAUUUGAUUAAUCAAUAAGUUAUCUAUUCCCGACUAACAGCUCUACAUUUUCUUUAUUAUGAUUCUCAGUUAUGAAAGUUUAUAAAUUUCAUUUGAUUUGUUUUGUACGUUGUAAAUAUUCAAUGCUGAAGUUAAUCUUGAACGAGAUUUUGUGUAGCACUGUAGAACAGUAAAGUCAUUGAUGAUGGAUACAGCCUUGCUAUUUGUGUAGUCUCAUUUGGCACGAAGGCAAUUAGUCCAUGACUUUGGCCUCCUUUUGGCUUUUAUAUAAGGUCUGUUGGAGGUUCUAGGUCGUAGGGAAAUAGUGUAAUUAGUUGAGGGUAUUUUAGGGGAUAGAGUAAAAUAAAUCUUGAAGCGGUUUCCGCCAUUCUCCCCUCUAUCCUUCGUUACGAGGUUUUUUCUCCAUUUCUAAGAAGGUCGCUAGGCCGUACUUCGUAAAUGGAAGGCCAACAACCGGUCUGUUCUAAUGCUAAGGUUGAAAGGCUCCAUAAAUUUUUAAAAAAGAAGUUUAGGCUCCAGUUGGGCCUCUGUUUCGUGGUUGAUGAUUGAAAUUCUCCCAGCUGCUCAACGCUGCAAAGUCCUGGUAGCUCUUGUGCUAAUAUCUUGGAUGUGUCUAGAGAUGACCAAUAUUUCCUUCUGUUUUUUCCCACCAUGCUACCAACAAACUUGGUGAAAGGAACUUCUCCACUGGUGACCAUCUGUGUAAAGUUUAGUUCGCUCCAUCUCUUCACAAAUAACCCCUUUAUUUCUCCUUUUACAUAUUUAUCUGUCGAUCUUGGUUAUUGAUAGCAUUUCCGUGUAAUAUCUUCUCUAGUCCUUGAUGACUUUCGGGGCUGCCUGUCUUCUUAAUCAAGUAUCCCUAGUUUAAUCCUCUGGGGUCGUCUUCUAGCUCGGGGGUUAUCUUUUCUUUGUGAUUUCUUUCCUAACCCUUCUAACUAGCUUCUGGUAUUCAUCCACCCCCGAUCAACACUUCUUGUGUUAUUAACCAGAAGACGGGCGAAUACUCUAUCGACUGGUUAGUCAGAAUCAAAAUGCAUUUGUCAAGGGAUGUCAAAUUCAGGAAUGUUUUCUGGUUAUUCUGGCAAAGGCCUAUGCCAGAUUGAGGUCGAACUGUCAUUUCAAGUGCUGAGUAUGAGCUUUGAUGAAAAAUGAAUAGGAUGGAUAUGAGGGAUAUGAUGGAUUCAGGCGUGUAACACCUUGGCUGAUUUUGAUGUUUCGGUGAUUGAGGAGCCUUUAACAUACGGUCAUAGUGUGAGAAGUCUUAGCCCGGGAGAUCUACUUUGUCUUUGUUAUCGAAAUACUAAGUAAAAUUUUUCCAAUGGCGGAAGUUGUGGGUUCAUUUAAGAGUAUUUUGGCCAUACGCUUGUCACAGGUUCAAAUUCAUAAUAGCUGAGCCUAUCACGUGCGUGAUCAUUUUUGUUGAUUUUAUUGGAUGCAAAAGGAUGAUGCUAGAUUUAAUCGGAUGUAUCUAGUGUUUGGGAAUAUGUUUCUAGCCAAAGAUGUGGUGGUGAUGGACAUCGAGAUUUUUCUUGGGAAUGGGUGCAAUGCAUUAUUUUGGAAGGAAAAGUGGGUGUUAGAAAUUUUCUUUUAAUGACGAACUUUGUAAGCACAUCUUAUUUCAAGACCUUAUACUUCAAUGUCGGUAUUUUUUUUUUUUUGACAGGAAAAGGAAGACGGUGGCCUAAAUUUAGGAGAAACUCGGAGAUGAGGUGAUUUAACAAUUAGAAGGCCUUCUGGGUAUAUUCAUGUAUGUCCAUUAUGAGAUCACGGGCAGACAUUAGAUACUGUAGAGGUGAAAAUUUGUUGUUAGUACGGUCAAGUUAUUACAUGAGAGCUGAUGCUGCUCUUAAGUCCCAUGUAGCGCACUGGAUGUCAAAGUUUCUUCUCUUUCACACGUGAAGAUAUUGGUGCAUGGAAUUUCGAUUCGAAACUUCCUACAUGAGAACCUUUUGUGCGCUUUAUGGAUAAUUUUUUAAUAUGCAUGCAGUCUUCGUGUAGAGGAAGGGAAAUUGUUGGUCAUUUUUUCUCCCAAGUGAUCUGGCGCCCCAUGCCUUCUAGUAGGUGUACAGUGGCGAUGCCCAAGUCAAAUUGAUGAGCUUGAGCUAAGAUAGAACUGAAACUGGACUCAAAAAGAGAAUCACAACAUUUUAUGUAUCAUCUUCAUGUAGUACCUAGAUGAUUUGGAUAGAGAGAAAUCAACAUGAUUUUGUAAAGAUAAUUUAUUCAGGUGCUAGGGUUUCUGCAUAUUUGAUGAGGUCGGAGUAUGGGUGAGAAGACUGUGUAUAGAGAACAGAAGAAUCAGAUAUUGUUUGGGAGAUUGGACUGUUUAACACUAUCUCCACCUUAUCAGUUACAAGCUUUUGGAUGUCGUGGACGCCUUUUGCAUGCUUGUGCCUUCUCCUUUCUUGAUUUUCCAGUGACUGUGUGGUGCCAUUAUUGUUAGUCACUAACUAGAUAGGCUUGUGAUCUGGCCAACUUAUUGUAGCAAUCUGCUUUCUUGGUGUAGUGAUCCUCUCAUUCGAUAGACGUAAGAAACUUGCCCAAACUUGAACAAUUUGGAGUCCUCCAUCAGAGGUAGACCAUGCAAACUAGGACUUGAGCUUGCCUACAUCAGUUGAAGGUGCCUUAUAAGAAAAUUUUGUGACUUCAACUUUCCAUCAUAUCUGCUGGAGCUACCUUUUUUCAGCGUGCAUAAGAGCAUGUAAUCCACCACAGUGAGGAGCCAAAUAGCCUAGGUUUCUUCUUCCUAUUUUGUUGCCAUGAUCUGUCGAAUCCCAUCCACGUUCCCUUUUCUAUUCGUAAUGAAGAUACUUAUGCAUCAUUCUACUUGUCUCCAUCUCCCCUCCAUCUGGUGCGAAGUUUGGGAUUGCUUUCCAUUGUCUUAUGAAAGGUAGCGUGCCUAGUGUCUGUGCAUUCCCACUUCUCAUGUCUUUUUCUUCAGUCUUGGCAUCUCACUAUGUUCCAACAGUUGUCUUGUGAAUGAGUACUAAAAAAAUCUGAAACACCUUAGUCCUGCCUUGUCCAAGUAUUUAUCCAGUUAUAAAAUCGCAACCGAAUCCUGUUUUCUUUGUAUCAGGGAGCUCCUGAUGACGUCACUGGGAUCCUUUUUAUCCUUCAUAUGGUGUCCACUCCCACUCUCCUCGUAGUCACCUCCAUCCACCUCAGAGAUAUCAAGAACAAACUUCUAGUCUCCCCGGCUGUGCCCAAUGCUUCUAGCUUUUUGAAGGUUUCUCUUUCCCAGGCUUCCAUUGCAGCUACUCACAAUAUUUUCUAUACUAUUUAGUGCGUGAGAACUUUUGUUCCUGGAUCCUUUCUUAUGGUGGUUUCUAUGCUGUUGGAUAUAGUUCUGGGUUUCCAAAGGAUAGGUAAAUUAGUAUAGAGAUCGAUAUAGUUCUCUCCUACCUUAUUAUGUGCUCUAUCUUGACAAGAUAAGAUGAAUUUGGAAAGUAUCCAUUUCCCUCCGCAUGCUUCUAAUGUUUGUGCUGUCAGGGAGUCAAAUGAUCUGAGUAUAUUACUUGGGUCUGAAGGGCACUAUCAUAAUUCUACGAUUGGGUACACACUAUGUCACUAACAACCAAACUUUUCCAAACUUUAUCCAUUUCUUCUGGAGCUGUACAUGUGAAUGUAACUUGUCAGAAGGCAGGUAUGAAGGUAUCCCCAGCUGACAUUGUCGAAGCAUCACUUGUAAUUGCGAAGUUAUAAAAAAUUCAUGGAUGGCGUUUGCUGAAACUUUCUUCUGUGGCAUUGAUACUUGUCAUGGCAGGAGUAUGGCAAACCCGUUUCGGUUUCUUCUUUUAGGUUAUCCUGAAAUUUUUUACCUGAGAUAUUGGCUAUGCGAAGACUAGAUUCACUCUAGAACUCUAUACUUUUAUUUUACGGUCAUUGCUAUGCCUGCCAUACCAACUGAUUUCCAGUUCUUUGAAUUCUUUGUAGUCUUUUUGGGAUUUUCAAGCGUUUGAUGGGUCGGUCUUUAUAACAUCAACGUGAAAAAUUGUAAUUUUGCAUGAUAAAAACCAUCAGAUAUUGUCCAUGACUGACGCUACUUCAGCAGUUUAAGUUUAAUCUGAUUUACGUGUUCUCAGUAAAUCAUCAAUUGAUUAAUGACUCUUACAGACUCUCCACUUUACCUGUUUUAUAUUAUUUUGCAGCAGUAUACUUUUUUAUUAAUUGCUAAUCUUUUUUGCAGUUUUCUUUACGUACAUACAAAGGAUUUUCAGAAACAUUUUCAACCACGCGGAACAAAUAUCCCAGGUUACAUACUUAGUUCACUUUUCCGUUUUCUUGUUUCCUAUUAGCCUUGCAGAUUAGAUUAUGGAAAUAAUUUAAUAUGAAUUUCUAUAAGUUAUCUUAUUUCGAUGACACAUAUUUCCAGACUGUUCGGUAAUAUCCAUAUUCUAGCUACCUUCUGUGAUGUUGAAGACUGUGCAGGUCAAUACUUGAUAAAUUUGAUAAAUCAAUUUUAAGAUGAAGAAGCAAUAUGAAAUACUGGUGGCCUUAGCUGUAUGAAAUAAUACGAGGUAUUAUUCAGCAAAAUACCUCGUCACUCUGUCCAGUGGAUGAUCCGUUUUGUUCUUCAUCAUCACCUUAUGGAUAAAUCUCGACUACCUUUCCUUGGUGUGCUUAGUUUCAGGCAAAAUAGAAGAUUAUCUAAUUUAAUAUCAUGGCUUGGUGACCUAUUAUCUACUCGUAUGCUUUAUGUGGAUAAAAUCUGAGUUCAAUGUGGAAAACUACUGUUGGUGUGGACGGCAUGGAAGGAAUGCAAGUAGGCUGGAGAAACGUAACCCGCACACAGCUUCAAUUUGGAGAUGACAUCAUAUUGUUUGAAAAUAUAACAGAAAAUUAAAAUUUAAAGUGGAUACGCAUGCCUUGGAAUCCUAGUGAUAUUGAAUUUCGGCAUUACAUGCUCAAUCAGAUAGGAUUUCAACAAUAUAGAAUGCUUAAACAUUCUUCUGUGCUGGGUUGUAAGUCAGGGAGCUCCUUAUUAAAUACUAGGCCUCCCUUUUUCUUUGUGUAGAAUAAGAAUUCGCGCAGGGAGGAAAAACUGCUUUGGAAUUGGACUAAAGAUUAGUGGGUUGAUAGGCCAAGGUUCUCUCACUGGGCAUAGAGGUUCUCUGUUGGCGAACAUUGCUCAGUUUGGCAUUUUACAAAUGCCCACAAUGUUGCACACCAUGUAGCUUAUUCUGAGAAAUUAUGUUUCUCGCCUGUGGUAAAUAUUCUGAUACAGUUUUUACGGUGACUGCAUUUUUGACGUACGAUCUGUCCAUGCUUUCUCAACCGAAUUAAAUGGCAUUUUUCUAGAAACAUCUUACUCUUAAAUUGCCUGCUUGUUUUGGUAGUCCUUCUAAACUUUGCACUAAUUACUGCCAUUAUGACGUGACAGGCAAUGAUUGUCCGAGGUUUCCGUGGUGACUGCAGUUCACAUAAGAUAUAUUUACAUCCCUCCCCUUCUCUUGGGAUGGUGGAUAUUUUUUCAUUGCUUUUCCUUGGGGGUCUCAUAGCAAUCACUGUGCUGUCUGAAUCAUUUCUGGUGUGA